UUUCGUCAAGCAUUUCCAUUGCUUCGGGAGAUGCCGCUGGAAAUCUUAUUGUCUGGAUGGCGUCGAAUGGAAGGAUGGAGCAAACCUUCACUCCAGCAACGUUUCAAUCGGACAUGGCGGAUCCCUCAGGCUUCAUCACUCAAUCCGAGCAGGUUGAUUCGAAUGUUGGAAACAUAGGCCACAAUGAGAAUAAGGUUUCAAUCUUCUCUCUGCUGCAUAUCAAAGGGACGAGUAGCGUGUUGGUGGGGAUAGGGAGCGGACACAUUCAUGUCAUCGAUGUACAUUCCAUGCGAAAGGUCAAGACGUAUGCACCCGAAGAGUUUCCUGAUGCACUGGAUAUUACACGGGAAGACUUGGAUGAAACGGACAUCAACAAGCUCUGCCUGACUUCUCCUGAUGCGAUCUCGUGCAUGGCUGUGAACUCCGCAAAAACGAAAGUUGUGAUGGGCGAAGCAUCGGGCGCGGUUCAAGUAUGGCGGCUGCAGUCUACAACGCCCUUUGUGAACGAAAUGUUUCUGAUGAUAUGAAGCUUAUCCUCUGACACAGUCGAUGUCGCGAUCGAAGAGAAUGCAAGGACAUUGGAAGACAGUAGUGAAUAUCGUCUUCUCCCCGAAGUCAGGGUUGUGGGUAUCGGUGGGAGGCGAAGGAUCAUGUCGGUAUUGUGGAUGGGAAGGAAAAGCCACUUGCUCUCAUCGGAUCAUUGGAGAAUUAGAAUGUUUCCACGAUG